AUGUCUAAGAGUGGGGAGCCACUUAACAUGACAGUAGAUGAGGUUUACCACUUUUUUGGUGCUUGUAUUUUGAUGUCCUGCAUCCGAUACCCAACCAUUAGGAUGUACUGGUCCAAAGCCUUGAAAAUCACUGCCAUCACUGACAAAUUUACACGUACAAGAUUCUUCAAACUGAGGGGAGCAAUACAAGUGGUUAUUGAUCAUGAUGUGCCAGAAGACCUGAGAAUGUCUGACAAAUUCUGGAAAGUGAGGCCUUUUCUGGAUCGGAUUCUACGAGGCUGCUUGUCUCUGAAUCGACCUGAUUGCGCAUCUAUUGAUGAGCAGAUGAUUCCUUUCACAGGAGCCUGUCCGUACAGACAAUAUCUGCCAAUGAAGCCAAACCCAGUUGGCAUAAAGAACUUUGUUUGUGCUACAGCUGAUGGCAUUGUGCUUGACUUUGAGCUGUAUCAAGGCACAGGUUCACUGAUUGAGAAAGUCGAAGAACCAGAGGGCCGGAGUUUGGGAUGCUUAGUCAUCGAGCGUCUGUGCCAAACUCUGCAUCGUGGCACAAAGGUGUAUUGUGACCGGUUCUUCACCAGCAUCAAAUGUGUGCAACUAAUGAUGGAGAAAGAGCUGUACAUGACUGGUACAAUAAUGAAGAACCGACUUGCUGAAGCAAAGCACAAGUUACCCAGUGACAAAGCCAUGAAAAACGCAGGAAGAGGUACCUCAUCAGAAGUUUCUGCUGAAGAUGGAAAGUUGUGUGUAGUGAAGUGGUACGACAACAAACCAGUACUGAUGAUUUCUGUUGUUCAUGGUACGCAGCCAGAAGACACCUGCCAGCGCUGGGACAAGAAAAUUAAACAAUACGUCACUGUCUCACGACCAAGCAUUAUCCGUGAGUACAACAUCAAGAUGGGUGGAGUUGAUUUGAUGGAUAGAAUGAUAAGUUACUAUCGAAUGAGCAUCCGUACUAAGAAGUGGACAAUGCGGAUGGUAAUGCACUUCACAGAUCUGGCUUUAGCCAACAGCUGGUUACUCUACCGAAAAGACCAUGCAGUAUGUGCUGGAUCAAAGACAAGACCAAUCCAGUUCCUUCAGUUCCGCAUGGAAGUGGCUAAGAUCCUCUUGGCCCAGCAUCACGGUGCAGAUGCAGACCUUUCGAAACAGUCAGAGGAAGAAAAUUCAAACCAGGGAGUGAAACGUCAUGUGACAGCGUUGCCCCAUGUUUCGGUCCGCAGGAGGGCUACUGCCCACCUCCCAGAGAUGAUCGGCCUGAAAAAUGCAAUGCGCUGCAGACAAUUAGGUUGCACUGGAAGAACCCGAGUGCGUUGUAUGACCUGCAAAGUUUUCUUGUGUUUGCAAACUGAGCGCAACUGUUAUUCAGCCUUUCACAAAUAA